GGUGGGGGGAGCGACCGCCAUUGUCCGCUGCUGAGGUGAGGCGGUCGCCCAGUCCGUGGGGUUGCUGCUACUGCUGCUGCCGCUGCCGCUGCCGCUGCCGCUGCCGCUGGCCGGGAGGUCGGGAGAACGGGUGGAGAGAGCCGACGCCUACACUCGCGGCGGGCGCGACGCCAGGGCAGGUCCCUCGGCCCGCCUACGGCCUCGCGGCCGCGCUGGAACAACUGGGCGGGCCUGGGUGAGCCCUGCGCGUCGGGCCUUUGUCCUCCGGGCGGGAACCCCAGACGCACGGGCGAGCCGGGCCGAACGUCCCCGGCGAAGCAAACGCGAGCUUGUUAAGUCGCCCGCGAAGAGCGGCGGGCACUGGCCCUCAGGGGUGCGAGGCCGGUGGUUGCGAACCAGUUGCAGGCAAGAGUGCAGAAUACUCAGUGUGCCGACUUGGAGUUCGGGCGCAGAUCCCGGUGCCCCUGGUGCCCAGUGGGCGUCCCAGCGCUUUGUGCACUCUCCCAGGAAUCCGCAGAGCUCUGCCAAUGGGCGUCGGGCCCUCAGAGAGGUGGGUAUUGCAGUUGCUUUCAGUAAUCACCCAAAUCCACUGCUCCUGGGCAAGCUCCUGGUGGAUUAAUCCUGCAGGAUGGCAGCCAUCAACCCGUGGGCUUCGUGGGGUAUCUUUACGGACCAGUCCUGGGGGAUGGCGGCUGUUGACCCGUGGGCCUCCUGGGCUCUGUGUCCUCAGGACUCUACCUGGUGCGUGGAGAAGACCCCUGAGGAGAGAAGGAGGGCCCCCAGGCUUCCGACAGCCCAGGCCCAGGAACCAGUGACCUUCAAGGAUGUGGCUGUGGACUUCACCCAAGAGGAAUGGGGGCGGCUGGACCCUGUUCAGAGGACCCUGUACCGUGAUGUGAUGCUGGAGACCUAUGGGCAUCUGCUCUCUGUGGGGAAUAAGAUCGCCAAGCCUGAGGUCAUCUCCCUGUUGGAGCAAGGAGAAGAACCGUGGUCGGUGGAGCAGGCAUAUCCUCCUCAAGGCACUUGUCCAGAAUGGGUGAGAAAUCUUGAAAGCAAAGCGUUGAUCCCAACACAGAGCAUUCUUGAGGAGGAACAGUCCCAUAGCAUGAAGUUGGAGAGAUACAUAUGGGAUGAUCCUUGGUUCUCCAGGUUAGAAGUUUUGGGAUGUAAAGACCAAUUAGAAAUGUAUCACAUGAACCAGAGUACAGCUAUGAGGCAAAUGGUCUUCAUGCAAAAGCAAGUACUGUCUCAAAGAGGCGCUGAGUUCUGUGAACUUGGGGCAGGGUGUAGCCAGAGACUAAGCAUUGUUCCAUCUCAGAAAGUUUCUCAAAUAGAACAUUUCUAUAAGCCUGAUACAAAUGCUGAAAGUUGGAGAUGUAACUCAGCCAUAAUGUAUGCAGAUAAGAUUACCUGUGAAAAUAAUGAGUAUGACAAAGCCUUCUACCACUCCAUGCAACCUGUUCACCCUGCAAGGGUGCAAACUGGAGAUAAUCUUUUCAAAUGUACUGAUGCUGUUAAAUCUUUCAAUCAUAUACUGCAUUUUGGUGAUCAUAUGGGAAUGCAUACAGGAGAAAAACUAUAUGAAUAUAAGGAAUGCCAUCAAAUCUUUAACCAGAGCCCAUCAUUUAGUGAACAUCCAGGACUUCAUAUUGGAGGAAACCAGUAUGAUUACAAAGAAUAUGAGAAUAUCUUUUACUUUUCAUCCUUUAUGGAACAUCAAAAAAUUGGUACUGUAGAGAAAGCAUAUAAAUACAAUGAAUGGGAGAAAGUCUUUGGGUAUGACUCAUUCCUUACACAGCAUACAAGCACUUACACUGCAGAGAAACCCUACGAAUAUAAUGAAUGUGGGACGUCUUUUAUCUGGAGCUCUUACCUUAUCCAACAUAAGAAAACUCAUACUGGAGAGAAACCCUAUGAAUGUGAUAAAUGUGGAAAAGUUUUUAGGAAUCGUUCAGCCCUUACUAAACAUGAACGGACUCACACUGGAAUCAAACCCUAUGAAUGUAAUAAAUGUGGAAAAGCCUUCAGCUGGAAUUCUCAUCUUAUUGUACACAAGAGAAUUCAUACGGGAGAGAAACCUUAUGUAUGUAAUGAAUGUGGGAAGUCUUUCAACUGGAACUCCCAUCUUAUUGGACAUCAGAGAACUCAUACUGGAGAGAAACCUUUUGAAUGUACUGAAUGUGGGAAAUCUUUCAGCUGGAGCUCCCAUCUUAUUGCCCACAUGAGAAUGCAUACUGGAGAGAAGCCCUUUAAAUGUGAUGAAUGUGAAAAAGCUUUUAGGGAUUACUCAGCCCUUAGUAAACAUGAAAGAACUCACUCUGGAGCAAAACCAUAUAAAUGUACUGAAUGUGGAAAAUCCUUCAGCUGGAGCUCCCACCUUAUUGCCCAUCAGAGAACUCACACAGGAGAGAAACCCUAUAACUGUCAGGAAUGUGGCAAAGCAUUCAGAGAACGUUCAGCCCUCACUAAACAUGAAAUAAUUCAUUCUGGAAUUAAGCCCUAUGAAUGUAAUAAAUGUGGAAAAUCAUGCAGCCAGAUGGCUCACCUUGUUAGACAUCAAAGGACUCAUACUGGAGAGAAGCCCUAUGAGUGCAAUAAAUGUGGAAAAUCCUUCAGCCAGAGUUGCCACCUUGUUGCCCAUCGGAGAAUCCACACUGGUGAGAAACCCUACAAAUGUAAUCAAUGUGAAAGAUCCUUUAACUGUAGCUCUCAUCUUAUUGCACACAGGAGAACUCAUACUGGAGAGAAACCAUAUAGAUGUAAUGAAUGUGGGAAAGCAUUUAAUGAGAGUUCUUCCCUUAUUGUACAUCUGAGAAACCAUACUGGAGAAAAACCCUACAAAUGUAAUCACUGUGAGAAAGCUUUCUGUAAGAAUUCUUCUCUUAUUAUUCAUCAGAGAAUGCAUAGUGGAGAGAAACGUUUUAUAUGCACUGACUGUGGAAAAGCCUUUAGUGGUCACUCAGCCCUACUUCAACACCAGAGAAAUCAUAGUGAAGAGAAACUCUGUGAAUUGAAUUGAUGAGAGAUUUUUCUUUUAUUGUACAUUUGAUAACACAUUGAAAAAAAACCUAUAAGUAUAAUCAAGAGGGGAAAUUUUUAAUACUAGUUCAGUAAGACUUCUCCCCUUAUUAAUCAGUAGAAAUUAUCAUCGUAGAAGAAACCUGUGAAUGAAAAGAAUAGGCAAAAGCCUUCCACAGUUGUGUAGCCUUUAUUUAACAUCAAAUAAUUACAGUGAAGAGGACACCAGGAAUCCUACUUGAGCAACAUGAACGUAGGGAAUGAGACAUCUUUUUGUAAGAGAUCUCAACUAUUUGUGGAUCAGAGUGCAUUGUUAAGGGAAAAACUUUAUCCUAGGAAAAGUGUUUCAACUAGAAAUCCGCUGUUUUGCAUCAAGCUGGAAUAUUGGAUGGAAGCUUUACAAUAACAUUUUGUGUAUCAUUAUGGAAACACAGAUUGUGCUAUUAUAAGGGGAGGGUCUGGGUGCCCUUUAAGGAAUAGAAUAUGGAAUACUAAACCUGAAUUUAAGGGAAAAAAAAGUGUUGAAUGGGAUAUCUACUGUUGAUUGAGAUUAACCUUAGAAAAGAUUAGUAAAUGAGAUUACUAAUGAUGGAAAGGUAUUGCCCAUAAGUAUGAGACUGAUGUUGUUGGAACAAAAGGUGAUACUUAAUAACCCAGUGUGUCAGUGACCAUGGUUUACUCAUUACUGCAUUGUUGGACAAUUAGUUUGUAAUCUGUUUUAGGCAGUCACUGUAAGUUAUAAUUAUGGAUACUGAGUCAAUAUACAUAACAAAAAAAGGAAUAAAAAGGACACAAAAUUGUAUAUACAUAUCUACUAUAACAUCUAAAAAGUGUAUAUGCAUAACGACUGGAAAGACCCAUGGAUAAAUUAACCCAGUUAAGGUUUUUUUUUAAGUUUUACAAACACAUACAGCACUUAUCACGUGCUAAACUUUGUUUUAAAUACUUUUCAAAUAUUAACUUGUUCAGUCCCCUUAAUUCUAUGAGAUAGGUACUAUUAUCCCAGUUUUACAAAGGGAGAAACUGAGGCAGAAAUCAUCAGAAACCUACCUAAGGACACACAGCUAGUUAGGAAUAGAAAGAUUGUUUGGCUCCAGAGAUUGUUUUAACCACUGUGUUGCACUGCCUCUGCAGUGAUUUUUUUUCCCCUAAUGUUUUUUUUUUUAAAUUUUGUCCAGUGUUCUUAUAGUAGAUAUUUGAUAAUAAAAAUCAAAUUCCUAAACAA